GCGCUGUUGAAUCAUGGCGAGCGUGAUGUAAUUUAAUCAGCAAUAUAAGCUGGAAGCUUGAGAUUAAAAAAAUAAGAUCUUUCAAUAUUUAACGAUGAAAUGGGAACGAUCAACCGUCUGAAAAAUUAUCUAGAUUAAAUUUAUACGCACCACCGCGGGGGAAAAAUGACCCGUAUUUAAAUGACAAUAACCUAGCUAGUAAGCCAGCUUUCCCUUUUAUGCUCAUUCUUCUUUAGAAAGCUUUAUUCCUUGCAGAACAAUCGGAAUGGAGGAAUCACCGGUUUGCACCUACCUUUUCAGCGGCAAACGGAAGUCCGGGAAGGAUUUUUUGACGGACAGACUGUACGAAAAAUUAAACAAGGAUAAGGCUGUUGUUCUGAAGAUCUCGGGCCCAAUUAAAUCUCACUGGGCUAAAUCAAAGAAUCUUUCUUAUGAUGAUCUGCUCAAUUCUAGUGAAUACAAAGAACAGCAUCGUAAAGAUAUGAUUGAAUGGAGCGAGUCCAUUCGGAAGGAAGACUAUGGCUAUUUCUGCUCUGCAGCUGUGAAUAUGUACAAUGCAAAGACGAAACCCAUUUGGAUAGUGAGCGACAUCAGGCGUAAAACUGACAUAAGGUGGUUCAAAGAAAACUACAACGUGGUUAAAACCGUGCGUGUCAUCUGCGACGAGGAUGUUAGGAAGCAGAGAGGAUGGGAGUUUUCUGAAGGAAUCGAUGACAAAGAAAGCGAGUGUGAUCUGGACUGUUACGACGACUGGGACCUGAUUAUUGAAAACAACGGCAAAACAGAUGUUGAUGAAAUAUUAAAUAAAAUUGUAAUUGACAUGGAAAGUCAUUUGCAAUAAGCUAACAAAACUGCUUUAACUGUUGUUACACAAGGCUGAUUAAUUAUAAUAAAUUAGUCGUUUACUCUGUU